UUAUGUAUAAGAAUGGAAGCCCCAUGUUCCUGUUUGUCUCUUCCCUGCACAGAUUAUCUGUUAUUCACCUUUUAAACGUGUGUUCACCUUUGCAGCAUCUGGAUCACAGCCUGCAGGAUGAGAGAGAAGGAAGGAGCAUACGAGUUAGAAGGCCUGAGAAGUCGGGUGGAGAUGGGAGAUGUGUGCUCCACUUGCCUGAGGAACAGUCGGCCAUUCAGAGGCAGCAUCAAGCACAGGGCUAAUGGAGUGGUGCCCCACCAGAGCCAGGCAUCUGCCUGCACCCCGAGCGCACAUCUCGGCACCCUGCUGCAUGCAGGAAUAACCAAAGUUUUGGUGACAGGAGGAGGGGGAUACGUGGGACACAACCUUGGUUGUGCCCUGGCCCAGUCUGGAAUCUCUGUGCUCUUAUUCGACAUCAACAGAUCUCAGUGGGAAAUCCCAAGUGGAGCCGUAUUCAUACAGGGAGAUAUUAGAGAUUACAAUUGCCUGUACACAGCUUGUGAAGGAGUGGAUUGUAUUUUCCAUGUAGCUUCCUAUGGAAUGUCAGGAUACCAACAACUGGAGAAGGAAAAAAUUGACUCAAUCAACAUCGGUGGAACAAAGCUUGUUAUUGAUGUGUGUGUUCAGAGAAGUAUCCCCAGGCUGAUUUAUACCAGCACUGUGAAUGUGGUAUUCGGCGGUAACCCAAUAGAAGAUGGCGAUGAGGAGACUGUAACUUACUUUCCACUGGAAAAGCAAAUAGAUCCUUAUUCCAGGUCAAAGACCAUUGCCGACCAGAUGAUCUUGGCAGCAGAUAGAAGACCUCUGAAAGGAGGAGGUAAACUUCAUACAUGUGUGCUACGGCCACCUGGAAUUUAUGGGCCAGAUGAGCAGAGGCAUUUGCCCAGAUUAGUGAGUAACAUUGAGAAAGGGUUGAUAUUUUUUACUGUUGGAAGUCAGAAAACAUUUUUGAACUGGAUUCACCUGUACAAUCUUGUGGAAGCCCAUAUCUUGGCAGCGGAGGCACUGACCGCCUCUAAAGGAUAUAUCGCAAGUGGACAAUCGUACUUCAUUCACGAUGGGGAAAAUGUCAACAUUUACGAGUUUUUGCACCCACUGUUUGAGAAGCUGGCAUUUAGCGAUCCCUGGAUAUCCCUGCCCUAUUCUCUGGUCUAUGAUUCAGCCAUCUUCUUUGAAUAUCUCCACCUGGCACUGAGGCCCUUUGUGAAUUUAAACCCAGUGCUGACCAGAUAUGAGGUACUGAAGAUUUCCAAGACGCACACAUUUCGGAUAAACAAAGCCUGCAAAGAGCUGGGCUACUGCCCGAAGAAAUUCUCCUUCGCUGAUUCGGUGGAUUUUUACAUCAAAACGAGGCCCCAGCCAUUGCAGCCACAUUACAUUCUCAUGCGCAAACUCUUCCUUCUCUUGCUCGGCUUCUUUUCUCUCUUUGCUUUCCUUUAUUACAGUGGCUCUGCGCUCUCACUCGCCCGACUCUGACCCUUAGUAUCAGACCCUGCUCAGAACCUACUAAGGCAACAAGGUGCUGCUUCUUUGUCACUUUGUACUUCUCUGUAACUUUGGGUCUUGGAAUCAUUCCUGAUCCUCACGAUACUAGAAUUGUUUUACAAAAAUAUAUAUAUUUUUCCUCCUUUUCCCAACUAAUGUAGCUAUAGUAAGGCUGGGCCUAUUGGUGCCCGACACAGCCCUAUCUGAUACAAGGGGCUCUCAGGAGGAGAAAGCUACCCACACUGCACAGUGGAGAAGUGUCGGCAAGUGAGCCCAGUGGGUUAUGACAUCACCAGAGGAUCACAGGGAUUGGCUGCACCCAAAAUAAUCUCAGGUUUUCUCUGGUCAUUUGCAGCUAAUGUACAGCACUGACCAUAGUGACGCGCCACACUGGGUUGGUGGUUAUUCCCUAGGGAGUAUCGCUAUAUACACUAUAUAGAGAGAGGAAGAAUAAAUAGUAUAAAACCCUCCAAAUUGGACCAAUUGCAGGGUGUUGGGUAGUGUUAUUGCAUCUCAUUGGUCCAUUAGUAAAGGUCAGAUGCAGUAAAAUUCUCACAGAGAAUUUAAGGGAGUCAGAGCUAGCGCAAGGGGUGUGGUUGAAGCAUAACAUUAAGUGGUUGGAUAUAAUGGGAAUGACUGCAGUGUGUCACCGUCCCGCUCACAUUGACAAACAUUGUUCUCUUUUAUACAGAUAUUUAUGUGCUUUUGUAAUUAUGUAAAUACAACCUUAUUCGGGUGAUUUAGCCAAAGCUGAACAUGAAGCUGAAUAAUUCAAAUAAAAGUCCUUAUUUCGCAAUAUU